AUGGCGGACUCCAUGGAAGACGACCAAUGGCAUCUUGAUGGAUUCAAAGAGGUGAUGCCAUAUGAUCACUUCCAACCACUGCCUCGCUGGGAGCCGGGCCCCUGGACCCAGUGCUCAGUGUCCUGUGGUGAAGGUGGCGGCUGGCAGGACCGCAGCGUGCUGUGUGUGGAGGAGGACACCCACGGACAGUUCUCCCAGGUGGAGGAGUGGAAGUGCACCCACUCCCCUCGACCUAUCACCCGACAGAUUUGCAACACCUUCGCUUGCCCCCAGUGGGUGGCCAUGGAGUGGUCUCAGUGCACAGUGACGUGUGGCCGCGGCCUGCGGUACCGGGUAGUUCUGUGCAUCGACCAUCGCGGACAGCACAUCGGAGGCUGUGAAGCAUCACUCAAACCUCACGUUAAAGAAGACUGUCUGGUCCCUAUCGCCUGCCACAAGCCCCGAGAAUCUCUGCCAGUGGAGGCCAAGGUGCCCUGGUUAAAACAAGCCCUCGAACUGGAGGAACACAAAACUGCUACAGAGGACCCCACGCAGGCUGUUCCAAAGCCGAGUGGUCCUGAUGCCAAAAGCAUCAUCACCUUUAUAUUUAAGCUUCGACUGCAGAAGAGCCAGAAGGGCCCCACCUGA